CCCCGAUUUUCCCACAGAUGAUGUUCGAACUUCCGUAUGAUGGAGCCGUGGAUUACUUUGCAUUGGGGGUCUUCCUAUUUAGGCUAAUCUUUCCUUUACCCCUCUAUAAUGGCCGUUACGGUAAUCCAAAAAACAUAAUGUAUGAAGUGCCAUGCUACCCAGACGACGCUGACCCCGACCUCAAGGACCUUCUGGAAAAGCUCCUGUGUAAAGAUCCAUGCAGGCGCAAUGAUUUCAUUGCCGACAUACAAGAUCAUCCAUUUUUCAACGGAAUAAACUGGAAGGAACUGGAAGCGGGGGAGGCACCCCCUCCUUUUUCCGUACAAAGGAAGGGAUUCAGAAACUUAACAAGAGAGACGAUAAAACCGGAAGACCUGAUGAACAACAUAGAUAAAUGGGGAAUACCUAUAAAACCCAUUUCAGCUGAGAAACAGAAGAUGUUUGAUGGCUUUUCCUUUGUCAGUGAUGAAUGGAAAGCCAUGCAGAAGCUGAAGUGA